GCUCUUGGAUACGCAUUUGAAUCUUGUUAUCGACACCGAAAUACUUCACAUAGGUGUAUUCUGUAUCAUUUUUGAUAUGCUAUCCAACAGAGAUUCUAACGAUGAAGACGAUAUUUCUCCUAGAAUGAAGUUGUCCGCGUCAACAAUUUAUGAUGAAAGUGUCGAUGUGGUUGACGCUGAAGAGGUGCAAAGCGUGUCGUCGUCGAACAGUAGCAAUAUAAAUGAAGUUUACUGCCAUACAGAUAGUCCUCCCACACCUGUUCCCUAUAGCAAUUCCGACAGCUUUCACAAUGCGAAGCUGCAAGAGGCCAGUACUUCGGGGGCAGAUACCGCUGAUCACAGAGCAUCUCAUCUCUCAUCAUCAAGGAGAGUCCCAGUGAGACAUAACACAGCACACUCGGAUAAUAGUGAAGAUGAUGAUGAUGAUGAUGAUGAUGAAGAUGAUGAAGAUGAAGAUGAUGAUGAUGUUCAAGCUGCAACUUUGGAAGGUUCCUAUGACCCAUCAGAAUUUGAGCACCUUCCUGUUGCAGCAGAUAUUAAAGAAUUAUUUCAGAAUAUAACAAGGUAUACACCUCAGAAGGUAGAAUUGGACUUCAAACUUCAACCAUUUUUACCAGAAUUCAUUCCUGCAGCAGGAGACAUUGAUGCAUUUCUGAAGGUUCCGCGUCCUGAUGGCCAGUCUGAUGGUUCAGGCCUUCACGUUUUGGAUGAACCAUGUGCCUGCCAAAGUGAACCUGCAGUUCUACACCUGCAACUACGAGCUGUUGCUAAGCAAUCAUCAGGAAGUGCUGUUGUAGUGAAGAAGGUUGAGAAUGCUGAAAAGAACUCACGUGCUAUUGACAAAUGGAUAAAAGAUAUCAGUGAUCUUCAUCUUAGCAAACCACCACCAACUGUUCACUACACUAAACCAAUGCCAGAUAUUGAUAACCUAAUGCAGGAAUGGCCAGCUGAAUUUGAGCAGCAGUUGCAGGAAAUUGGUUUACCAACAGCUGACUUGGAUUGUAACCUGCUGAAAUAUGUUGACAUCAUAUGCAAUUUUUUCGAUAUCCCUAUAUAUGAAUCAAGGAUACAGUCACUACAUGUGCUGUUUUCAUUGUAUGCAGCUGUUAAAAAGCAUGUGAACAAUAAUCCAGUAUGAUUACUCAGCUCUCAUACAUCUGAAGUGGCGUUUCAGGCUAACAUUGUAUCACAGUUACAGAAAAAAUGUGAUUCAGAAAUGUGCACAAACAUGUAAUUAAUGAUUUUAUGUGAGUUUAGUAGCAUAAAUUUAUGGACUUUCCAUAAAAUUAUUAAAACAGUAACAGAACACUCAAUAUAAAUUGCUUUCAGUUUUAAGGAAGACAGAUCAACAUCCACCUCAGAGUUGUAACUGAAUGAAACACAUCACAUGAAAUGCAACUGACUUUUUAAAUUUUUAGUUUGUGAUUAAUACAUUUCUUUCUUAUGUUAAUCAGUAAUUUUGAUGGGACUGUGUUAGCAUUAUCAAUGAAUACUACAGUUUUGAAAGCAGGCUUUUUGUGUGUGUGUAUACCCGUGCACUUGAGAGAAAAAGUCACAAAUGAUUUUAUCGUCAUGCAGUGAGUUUGGAGUACGUAUUACUUGAAGAGGAGUUCACCAACCAGUGAAAACAAUUGAAUUUCUAUGAUUCUCAGGAUAGCACUUAGGGACCUUCACUUCAUAACAUACUGCAUCUCUUCAAAGAAGAUCUAGUUCCUUUGACUGAUGAGCUAUAAUUUUCAGCAAGGAUUGCAGUCAUCCUGUUGUUCCAUAUAGGUAGGAAGUAUUGUGUAACAACAAUGUAAGCAUGGAAAGCAGUUUCUAAUGAGAACAAUUGGAGAAAUUAGAAGAAGGAAAAGAACAUUAUGAACCAGGAAUGUGUAAGUUUAGAAAAUAUGAAAGAAAUGGAACUCCUAUCAUUGUAGGGACAUUCCUGCUGUAGGUAUGAGUACUAGAAAGUGGAAAAAAUUUUGAUCUCAUUACUUAGCUUAAAAGUAUUGAAAUGUUGCAAAACGCCUUUUUUCGUUAGCCUAAGAAAUAAGUACAAAUCAUGGUGAGAUAACCUCUCCCUCUCCACACACGAAAAGUGUUAUCUGUCUGAAAGUGACAUACCCAAAAUCGGUAACUAUGUCGAAAAUAAUAAAUAGCAAUCUAAAGAGGUAAAUAUUUACAAAAUGCACUGUUUUUUUUUAAAGAACAUUCAUAAUUAUUCUUAACAAUGCCUGGAUAACAGUAACAAUGUGUUGAAAAUAGUGAUAUGAGAAUAUUUCAAAUGUUGACAUUAAAAAAUGAAAAAGUUGUUAAAUUUAUGUAAAAAUGCGUGACAUCAACCAGAAAAUCUGUUCAAAAUAAGCCAAACAUACGGAUCAAUUAGUGUAAAAAUUAUGACGCAAAAUGUGUAGUACUGCUGAUAGACACAUAUAAAAACAAAAGUGACACACUACCUCCCUUUUGGAACUAAUACUCUCUUCAUCGGAGAGGAGAGAGGGAUAGGUUAGAGAAGGUUAAAAAGAAAGGGCAGGUCACUCAGACCCCAGAGGGUAGUAAGGAUGAGGGUAGACAAAGAAUCUUUGUGUACAUCUAUACCAUAACUUUGGAAAUCCUUUCUGUAUUUAUUUCAAAGACUUCAUCAAGAAAUGUCAAUUUAUUUAUUCUAGUUAGUUACUAGAAUAUUAUUAUUACUAUUUUUAGCUUCUCCAAUUCCUUACCCCACCUGUCUCACAGAAGUAAUUGAAUUAAAUCACUUUGCCAUCAGAUUUUCAUUUUUCAUCCAUUCAUUCAUUGUGUUCCAUAGAGCCCAUCAAGGAGAAUCUUCUUGGAUGUGGACCUAGUCCAAGUAUACACCAACAAAAGACAAUCAACUUGUAGAAACUUAAUCUGGUCACUAUAUUAACAAUAAACUAUCACUGUACUUCUUAAUAUAAAUUGCACUCAUGACA